GUACGUUAGUGGUCAUUGUGUAAGAUAAGACGCAGGUAAGAUGCAGGUUUCAGGCUCAGUCGGUGGUUGCAUUUAACCUCCACCCGUUUAUUUGUGUGUGUGUGUGUGUGUGUGUGUGUGUGUGUGUGUGUGUGUGUGUUGUGUCUUUUAUUUGGAUGUUGACACAUUUACAAUAAUAGUUUUUAAGGCUUUUAAAGUUGUUGCUAAAUUGAAAACAAAAUUUUCAAUUACAAGUAUAACCACAUUCAAGCAGACAUGAGGAAGUGCUGCCUCACAUGAAGCUCUGAUCUUUUUUUUCCCUCUUCACAGGGAAGUGAAACCCCUCUAUGGUCACAAAGCAGUUACUCUUGGUCAUUAGCAGCUGCUUCUGUCCCACUCAUGUCACAGACAAAGGUGCCGUAAGAUUUAGUGCUACCACUAAAUUCUUAACAGGCAGGAGACUUUACAUAUUCAGAGAUGGGUUUUGGGGAGGACCUGAGAUGUCCACAGGCUCAUGCAGCAGUCAUGCGGCUGCUGGACUCAGAACUUCACCUGAUGGAGGUCAUGAAGAAGUGGAUGGCUCAGCGGGCUAAGAGUGAACGGGAGUUUUCAGUGCAGCUGCACCACAUGGCUACCAUGGCGGAGAAGCUGGACCGACCUCAGCUCAGUGCAGGACUGGACUACAUCAGCCAGCUUAACAAGUCAUGGGAAGUGCUGGUGUCCCAGACGGACUUUCUCAGUCAGGUGAUGAAGAAGCGCUCUGAGGAUCUGCUGGAUGGUCCCAUCAGCAAAUUGACACUGCUCAUCAGAGACAAACAGCAGCUCCGCAAAACCUACUCAGAGCACUGGAAUCUACUGAGGCAGGAGCUAGGCAAGGUGACACAAACAGAGCUGGAGAAGCUGAAGAGCAGCUACAGACAGGCAGUCAGAGAUGCAGCUCAGAAUAAGAGGAAGUAUCAGGAGGCCAAUAAAGAUAAAGAUCGGGAUAAGGCUAAAGAGCGUUACAUAAAAGCUUCAGUGAGACUCCACGAGUUGCAUAAUGAGUAUGUCCUGUCUGUGCGAGCUGCUCAAGUUUACCAUCAGCAGCACUACAGCCAGAUCCAGCCCGCCCUGCUCAGCGCGCUGCAGUCUCUGCAGCAGGAAAUGUUGCUCAUUCUAAAGGAGAUCCUGCAGGAGUAUUUUGACAUCUCCACUCUCCUCCAUCAUGAAGUGGUGCGGAUCCACAGGGAGAUGUCAUCUGCUUUAACGGCCAUCGAUCCUGACCGAGAAUAUGAGAGCUUCAUUCACCAGAACAGGUCUGUGGGGGAGAUUCCUGCUUGUGCAGAGUUUGAUUUUAGCCUUCUGGAGGACACUGAGAAGCUAAAUCCCAGAGAGAUUGAAAUGAAUGACCUAACACUUGAGACAAUCCAGCAUAGAUUGACUGCGGUAGAAGAGGAGCUUCUGGACCUGGCUCGGACCCUGGGCUCCCAGCAGACUUCGGUCGAGCAGCUGGAGCUGGAGCUGGAGGCAGAGAGGGAAGGCAUCAAAAAAGGCCAGAGGGUCUACCUGUUCAGCAAGAGACAUGCACUGGAGGGGUGCCGGCAGCAGGUUGCUCUGUCUCAGGGCAUGAGAGCCAAGCUGGAGGCUCAGAGAUUUAUUCUGAAGGAGAAAUUGGACCUGCUGGGUUCCAAAGAACCUCCUUCUGCUUUGAAACUGGACCCCGACACAGUUUCACUUUCAUCCACCUCAAGCAAUGACCACAGCCAAACUCCUUCCAAAUUCCUCAGGGACGGGAUCAUAAACAAUCUGAGUGGCCUGUUUAAACCCAAAUCUGAAGUGCUUCCUGCCCUCGCCCCUGUGCGGGACGUUGAUCGUCCUCUGGGGCAACAGGACUGGUACCACGGAGCCAUUCCCAGACUGGAGGUCCAGCAGCUGCUAAAGAGUGAUGGUGACUUCUUGGUGAGGAAGAGUCAAGAGAAACAAGGUUACGUGCUCUCUGUGCAAUGGGAUGGAUCCUGCAAACAUUUCCUUAUUCAGGACACGGAUAAUCUGUACCGUCUGGAUGGUCAAGGCUUCCACAGUAUCCCACUGUUGAUUCACCAUUUACUAACCUCAAGACAAUACAUCACCAAGAGGGCUGAAAUCGUGCUGAAGAAACCUGUACUGAAGGACAAGUGGGUCCUGGAACAUGAUGAUAUUAUUUUGGGACAGCUCAUUGGACGGGGCAACUUUGGAGAAGUGUACAGUGGUCGUUUACGCUCUGAUAACACUCCUGUAGCUGUGAAAUCCUGUAAAGAGAACCUGGCCCCAGAGCACAAGAGUAAGUUCCUGAUGGAGGCCAGGAUCUUGAAGCAGUACGACCAUCCUAACAUUGUGAAGCUGAUAGGUGUGUGCACACAGAAACAGCCCAUCUACAUCAUCAUGGAGCUUGUUCAAGGUGGGGACUUUCUAUCCUUCUUGCGGCAUGAGGGUCACAGCCUGAAGCCUAAGAUGUUGGUCAAAAUGACAGGAAAUGUUGCAGCUGGCAUGGAGUACCUGGAGAGCAAGAAGUGUAUCCACAGGGACCUGGCAGCAAGAAACUGUCUCGUUGCAGAGCACAACGUGGUAAAGAUAAGUGACUUUGGGAUGUCCCGUCAACAAGAUGACGGUGUCUACUCUGCAGAGGGCGGCCUCAGACAGAUCCCUGUCAAAUGGACGGCUCCUGAAGCCUUGAACUACGGUCGUUAUACCACAGAGAGUGAUGUCUGGAGCUUUGGUGUCUUACUGUGGGAGACCUUCUCCCUGGGAAUGACACCCUACACUAGCAUGACCAACCAGCAGACACGAGAUGAAGUGGAGAAAGGAUACCGUAUGCCUGCUCCUCAUGGCUGCCCCAUGGAAAUCUCCAGGAUUAUGAAUAGCUGCUGGCAGUACGAUCCCAGAAACAGGCCGUCUUUCAAGAAACUUCGGGCUGAGCUCAGUGCUGUAUACAACAAAAUUACAUAAUACAAGCCUGGACAUGUAGUUUUUUUUCUAUCAGUUAGAUUGGUUGUUUGGUAGUUUGAAUGCUUUCCCUUCAGAACAGGUGUUGAAAUCCAGUAUAUAGACCAGUUGGUGGCAGCAUUCUUGUUUCUUCACCUCUUACACUGUUUGUCUAUUUUUCAUUCCUCCUCCUGGGAACAGAAGGUUCUCCUGAACGCUUCUAUUCUCUUUGAGACUACACAGAUUUGAACUACUGUAUGGCAUGUUGUUAGCAUAAGUGGUAAACACCCGUUCUUUUAUUUUUUUUGCACACCACCUGCCCAGCACCACACACCAGACAGACAAACUGAGCAGGUAGCUGGUGAACAUACUGGAGUUAUAUGUUUGAGGUCGCCUGUUAUACAGAUUUAAUGGCAGAAACAAGUUUAUUUUAGUGGCCAAGGCACAGCACUAUUCAAGUCAACAUCCUGUGUGAAAAGGAGUCAGGAGUCAGAAGCACUUUUUAAAACUGCUUUUGUAGAAUUAAAGCAAAUGACGUCCCUCCUGUUAACCCUAUCCAGCAAUAAUAUAUGUCUUUGCCUACCUUUGCUAUGGAAAGGCAAGAUAACCAAUUUUAUUUAACAAGUUAGACUGACGUAAAUGUUUACUUUUUUGACCAUGAAGUCAGAAUCUCAUUAAAAACAGUAUAAACAGUAACAAAUUAAAGUUAAAAUUAUAAUUAUAAUUAAUGUCGAUCAUACUCAGAAUUUUAGUAUAGUUUGUACAGAGGACUGUAGAUAACAAAAUUAAAACUGUAAUUUCAUGAUGGAGUAUCUGUUUCAGUUCUUGUGCAUUAAGGUUGAACUUAUUGUUUCUAUACAGGGAAACAAUACAGUUGUGUAAUUUAAAUAAAAAAAUAUAUUUUUUGAUGCAUGAUUAAAGUACAUCCUAUGAACA